CCUCCCUCUCAUUUGGUUGUCGGUACUUGAACAACGCGAUUAUGAGAGUCACUUUGGUUGCCUUGGCUAGCGCCGUCCACUUUGUCGCGUCCGUCAUCGCGUCUUCUGACUUUCAGCUUCCGUUGACACUCAAUGGCCUCAUCGACGAGUCUACUUUCACUCUCGAUCCUGGAUUCGUCAAUGAAGCUGGCUUUGACUUCAGUAUUCUCGGCAACCAACGUUUGGUGGAGCUGGAAGACGGCUCUGUAGCAUGGAUGACCGAGUUAGACAAGAUCAAGAUGAAGGCUCAAGGUCACUGGUUCGUCGACAUCACGGAAACACAGGACUUGGGCUCGCUUUCCCAUCUCCGCAAGACGUUCAACUUCCCCACGAAGAUGAACGCCUCGGAAAAGGUCAAGAAGGUGAUCGGAACCCUUUCUACUGAGCUUCCGAUUUCGGUCUUGGAGAAGAUGACGGGAUACUUCACGAGAUACUAUAUGUCCAAGACUGGGCGCGAGAGUCAGGCAUAUUUGGCCUCGAAAAUUGAAGAGGUUACCACCAGCUACGCCUCCCCAGCCCUUCAAAGUCUCAUCACACAGACGGAGUUCAAACAUAUAUGGGGCCAGAAUAGCAUCAUUGUUCGCAUCAACGGAUCCGCGCCAACCGACGAUGGAGUCGUCGUAAUCAGUGCUCAUCAGGAUAGUACAAACAAGAUUCCCUGGCUACGCUCUCCUGGCGCGGACGACGAUGGUUCUGGUACUGUCACAAUCUUGGAGGCUUACCGUGGUCUCAUCGCCGCGGACUUCCGACCGGUUCAGAACGUCGAAUUCCACUGGUACGCUGCCGAGGAGGGUGGGCUUCUGGGAUCUCAAGCUGUAGUCUCUGCAUACGAGAAGGCUGGCGCGAACGUCCUUGCUCAGAUACAGUUUGACAUGACGGCUUGGGUGGCGAAUGGGUCUGAAGAGGUGAUCGGGAUCUACAGAAAGUUCGUGGAUGAUGACUUGACCGAAUUCAACAAGAGACUCGUUGAUGAGUAUUUGGACAUACCCUGGGUAGAGAGCGCUCUUCCCGGAAGAGCUGGAAGCGAUCACAUGUCCUGGCAUAAAGCCGGGUACUCUUCUUCCUUCGCCUGUGAGGGAGCUUGGGAGCAGAUGUCACGCGAUGAUGUCCACUCUGAACGCGAUGCCAUCGAUGUCUCCGACGAGUUCAGCUUUGAUCAUAUUGUUAGGUUUUCCAAGCUGGCGGUCGCUUUCGCUGUCGAACUCGGCGGAUGGGAGUAAGCGGGUGGAUUUGUAAACGUCAGGCUUGAGGCGAUGGUAGAGAUGCCUGUUAGAGGUGUGGAUUGGGAUGACCAUUCGGUUUGACGUUAUUUGUGGCCAGUUAUGGAUGGCGUAUGUGGUGGGUGUUGUAUCCUGGCCACAUCUAUUGUAGUCCCUUCAGCCGAUAUUUUCAAGGUAUAAGCCACUCCCACUCUUCACAGCUAGACAAGAUGUCCGUUCUGCAUUCCCUAGUGCCACUUGGGUAUCAGUUCCGGGCGGCGAUCCUUCCCGCCGUCGGAUGUAGGCCUUAUCACUGUCCGCAUUAUCUCAGUCUCGAAUUGGUCCCGAC